AUAAGUUGGAAAAAAAAAAUUAUUUUUUAAGAACAAUAUUUAUACACCUCCAAGUCUUUAAUGGAGAAGUUUGAAGUAGACCCACGGAGAGUUCUCUAUUCUCAAGAUAGUAUCAGAGCCAAGUUCCGGAAUGACGAACCUAUUGAGGACACUAUCGAAAAACUUAUAUCAGGAGAAAUAUCACCGAGUCAAAUCAGAUGUAUGCGCGUAUGUAUUUUAAAUGGUAAAAUGCAUUCAUUAGACAAUCGACGACUCUAUGCGUUCAAGGAAGCCGUUAAGCGUGGAAGUAGAUUCAAAACCGUGAUUGUUAUAAGAAGCGAUGAUUACCUUGAACUUCAAAGUAAAAUGUCAAAAAGUCCAAGAAAUUUUGACUGGUCAGAAAUUAGAGUAAGGGGUAGAACGCAAAUUAAGCCUAAUCUUUAUGUGAAUAGUUCGCCUAGUAUUUAUGUAAAUAGUGUACCUACAAGAAAAUCUGGUCUUCAUGUGAAUAGUGUACCUACAAGAACACCUAGUCUUUAUGUAAAUAGUUCACAUACGAGAAUACAAGAUAGGCCUAUUAUUUAUGUGAAUAGUGUAUCUACAAGAACACAAAAUAGACAUAGUCUUUAUACGGAUAGUUUACAUACAAGAACACAAGAUAGUUCAAGUAUUUACGUGAAUAGUUUAUCGAAUAGUAAUUAUUAUACAGGGACGCAAGGUAGGCCUAAUACUUAUGUAAAUAGUUUACCAACGAGAAAGAGUAUUGUUACGGGCUUUGGUGAUGAUGAUUAUGCAAGUAGUACUACGCCAAAGACUUCUAAAAAAAGUGGUUGGUGUGUUAUAGCUUAGUUUCUUGUAAGUUUCUUUUCAUAUUUAACGAAUAAUUUAUACGUAAUUUAAAUGUAUGUUAUUAAGUUAAAUAAAUUUAUUAUAUCUGAUAUCU